AUGAACAGCACCAUGACCUCCAGUCUAGCAGCCGGAGCCGCAGCCCCAAUAUCCCGUCAUUUCAACCAAACCAAUGAGUAUGCGCUCAUUCUGCCCACCUCAAUGUACCUAGUCGGCUACGCAUGCGGUCCCAUGCUCUGGGGCCCUCUCUCAGAAUCCUACGGCCGCAAAGGAACCAUGGUAAUCUCGUUUGCCUUUUUCACAAUCUUCUCUAUCGCUUCGGCCAUCUCGCCGAACUUCGCUUCGCUCGUCAUCUUCAGGUUGUUGGUGGGCGUGGGAGGGAGUUGCGCGAUUAGUGUUGUCGGCGGGAUAUGUGCGGAUAUCUAUCACAAUCCUAAGUAUCGGGGGAGGAGUAUGGCGAUUUUCAUGGCAGCAACAACAUUCGGACCCAUCCUCGGACCCCCAAUAUCAGGCUUCAUCAGCGUAAUAUCCUGGAGCUGGGCCUUUUGGAUCGGGGUCAUACUUGCCGGAGCAACAUGGCCGCUGUUCUACUUCUUCGACGAAACAUACGGUCCCACGAUCCUAAAGCGGCGAGCAAAGCGACUACGCAAGGAAACGGGUAAUGAGAAUAUCAUUGCGCCACUUGAAUUGGAGAAGACGGAUUUGAACCACAUCGUCACCGUCAUCCUGACUAGGCCACUACGAAUGAUCUGCUUCGAACCUCUCGUUCUAUUCACAUGUCUAUAUCUAAGCUACGCCUACGCCAUAUUCUACAUAUUCCUACAAUCCUACCCCAUAAUCUUCACCGGCAUCUACCACUUCAACGCCGGCGAAACAGGCCUAGCCUUCCUUCCCAUCGGCGUCGGCGCCCUCAUCUCCGCUGGCAUCUACUUGUCGUGGGACUGGUAUCUGGCCCGCGCCCAACGCCUCAAUCGCCCUUGGUCGCGCAACGAAGAAAUGCGAAGGCUGCCUCUCGCUUGCAUCGCUGGCCCGUUUUUCGUUAUCAGCGCGUUCUGGCUGGGCUGGACGAGUAGAGAGAGCAUCCAUUGGAUUGUGCCCACGCUCGCGGGUAUACUGUUUGGAAUGGGGUAUCUGUGUCUUUUCAUGGCUUUACUCAACUAUCUAGUCGACGCAUACGAAGUCUUCGCUGCGAGUGCGAUGGCGGCAGCAAGUUUAUCGCGGUCUUCAUUUGGGGCUGUGUUGCCUUUUGCUGCGAAGCCGAUGUAUAGGACUAUGGGCGUGGCUUGGGCGACAAGCUUGCUGGGAUUCUUCAGUCUAGCGCUGUGUGUUGUGCCGUUUGUGUUUGUGCGGUGGGGUGGGAGGAUGAGAGAUCGAAGUCAGUUCUGUCAGUAUUUGAGGAGGAAGAAGAGGGAAGAGGAGGAGGAGGCGGAGAAGGAGAGGGAGGGGCUGAGGGAGAAGAGGGUUAUGGUACAGCCCAAUGAGUUCAAGGGGAAGGAGGAUGUGUAG